GUUCCUGCCUGGAGGAUUUGGUGGUCCCCUGCUACUAGACACGGAAGCCUGUUAAGCGAAAGCUUCUUCUAUUCCGUCCACAACCAUUUGAACCAUUUGAUUUUGACAAGUUGGCCUUGAGGCUCACAUGAUUGCGAUCGUAUGUUGCGCCACAUCAAUUCGUAUUGUAAAUCUACCAGAGUGUAAGUUACAUGGUCUAAGUAGUACCUAUCCUUAUGAUAACUGUGAGUCAAAUAAACACGAUCUGACUAUUCAAGAGAAACAGAACCCACACUCCACCCAUGCAUAUCGGAUAGUGAAAAAUGUUUUCUCUUUAAACUUGCUGGAAUUUCAGUAUUUGUACGAUGCUUCCAUGGAUCAGGCUUUUGCUGCUUGCCUACUUCGCUACCUCAGGCAUCUCAAAACCAUACCGGCUAUGUUCCUACCAUGUCAGUAUGAACGAACAUUAUGUGAUAACCCAAUGUGGAAAGUUGUUAUAAGUCGUCUGGUCAAGGCAAUUGUAAUCGAAGAAUCCAUGGCCUGGCUUUCUACACUUGGCGGUGGAUAUUCUUCACUUGGAGAUCACAGUGAUUAUGCGGUAAAGUAAUAUUUUUGCCUAACUCAAGUAGGCGAGUUUGGCUGGGACGGUCUCACUCUUUCAAAUGAGCCUUGCGUUAGAAAUCAACUCGCCUGUUCUCCUAGCUAAGUCCCAACUUUGGUUUGCUCAAAGUUUAAUGCAGAGAGGAUAUUUGAAAAAUUCUGCUAAAAUAUUGAGGUAACACAACUUUAUUUAUAUAAACUGGUAUCUGGGUUCCCUGAUUCCAUUAAAUUGUGAUAAUGAUGUGUGUCAAUGCGUUUGCUACUUUUGAACUAUUUACUAUUAUGAACGUACUCACCAGCACAUAUUUUUAUAUUUUUGGUAUGAACUCUAAAUCUGUCCCCAGAUCAUGAUUGCCUGUAAUAAAUUAAGUUGGUCACCGACUAAUUGAUCUUGUUAACUGUUGUCUAUUUAUUUACCUGCAAAGUGGGUCGUUUGUGUUAUCGAUCCAUCUGUUAUCCUUAUCCGAAUUCGAACGUCUAAUUAUUUAUAACCCGACUGUUUAUCUAAUAAAAGAUCCCCAUGUUGUUAAUGGAUAUUAAAAAUCUACUGCUGUUUGACAUUAUCUAUCUAGACGUAACAAUCCGCGUUUUUUUUCGUUAAGUUUGGUUUCACAGUCGUAGAUACAACAGGGAUUUUCGGUGUUUUUAUUUCAUUUAGUUUUAUAGUUAUAGGAAAAUUGCUUACCUAAACAUCGCAAGAAAGUGACUGACAAGUAUGAUAAUUCAUGUAUUUCUACACACAACGUUUUUUGUUAAGACUAUUGGUUUUGCUACUCAUGCUGUUGUACUUACAUCCCAGCUGCGUUAAAACAAAUUGUUUUGAACGAACCAUAAAGAUGGGUAUCGUUUAGGUUGCCUUACAUUUUUUUCUGCUGCACAGUCGACUAUUGACAUAUUGUAAUAUUGGUGAUUCUAUUAUUAAGUGCAAGUAUUAAUUAACUUGGUUACUUUUUGUCUAAUUCUUCCUAGUUUCUUCAGGUUUCACUGCAUAAAAACUCGUGGCUAGGUAAUGUGUCUUAAGUAUUAAUAGACGUCUAUAUUUGGCUACUUAUCCACUGCUCUGUAUAUGCUUUCUUACUUUAUUGUCCUCCUUACUAUUUCCUGAUGUUUUGAGAUAAUAUUCUGCGUUAUUUCUGACUUCAAAGGCUAUGAGUAGGGUUGGUAAUGUACUUUUUAGCUUUGUCAUAAAUGUUAUUAAGAUCAGACAUUCAGAAUGUCAAGAGAAAUUGGCCAGUGUAAUCUUAUUAAAUUUACGCUGUUUUUGUUGCAACUUUCCCUUUGGGUGAGGAAGGUGAGAUUAAAUGAAAGAAUUUUCACAUCACGCAGAUUUCAAAAGAUGCAAUACUCUAACUAUCAUAUGUAAUGUGCAACAAAUAGGUUGGAAGACAUGAUUGGUCCUAAACCCCAGAAUCUGAAGAUAAGUAUCUCUUGCCCUUGUCGUAAAUUUCCCUUGGAAAGUGUUAGUUGUAUGUCCUUAAUCUUUACAAUCGAUGGAGUCCCUCUGUAACAUCAUGAAAAAGUUAUUGUUGGCUUGUGAAAAAUUUAACGUAAAGCAAAACCUGUCUAAGUCCGACAAAUUAUUGUGUCAAAAAUAGUGGUAACCUCGUGUCUCGUAGUCGGGGAAAACUGGGAAAUGUCAGCACACCACCAUGUUCUUUAUAAUGAUGUAAUAUGUCUAAUUAGUUUAUUGUGGUUUAAUAACGUAGAUUUUAGAUUUACGAUACAUUGGUUUAAGUUACUGCAUUUACAAAAGAAAGCUGCUAACAAUCAACUGAUGUUCUUUGAGAAAAUGUUGAUGCGAUUGAUUUCCCUCACAAGCAAAGCAAGAAUAACAGUAUUCUUGGAACUAAAUGAAUUCACUUUAUUUAUUUCUCUUUGGCUACAUACAAUCUAAUAAGUUCAGUUCAAAAUAUUAUGUAAUUUUCAAGAAAUCUCGUCACGUAUACAAUUUAACUGUAGUCGACUGCACCACUAGAUGACCCAGGUUUGGAUCUCUGAGAGUGAAUCAGUCUAUUCAAAAUAUGGAUGCAACUCGUUUGUUUGUACCCGCUAGCACAAUACCGAUGUCCAAAGUUUCGUGUCUAUCGCCCUUGACCACCUAAAUAUUACUUGUUUAGUGAUUACUUCAACAACAUCAAUGUAAGGUUACGUGUAAAUUUCCUGAUGUUUUACAGUGCUUUCUGGAUAUACAUGAGUCGAAUAUAAUUCUUUUUGGUUCACUACGGUACCUAAACUUUUUACCUCUGUGUUAGUUGUAAGAUAGCAAUAUAAUAUGAAAUACUACUUUGAUUCGAAUGGUAAAAAAAGUUUAAGUUCAUAUACCACUUAAUUUUCCAUAUCAGCCGUAUAGUGCUAGAUUCUUUCGAAUUAAGUUUUGUGUGGGUAGUUAGGUGGUGAAAUUUCCAUCUAAUCGGGGUUGUGGCAUAUUUAAAGACUGAUACAAGUACCAGUUUGUACCAAUAUAAAAAGAAUUCAUGUAAAUAUUAACAGUUUAUUUAUGUUUUAUUUUUACUGUACAUAAGUAUUGAGAACAAAAAUCCAUGAAGUUCAAAAUGCAAUGCUAUUGUAAUAGUAAUCCUGUGGUUCUCGUAAAAUCUAUUUGCUCAUAAUACUCCCAUUCUCUUUCUUAUCAUUUGGUUUCCAUAAUCAGUGAUGUCAUGUAAAUUGUGUAAACUUAUUUGCAUAUCAGUUUUGCUUGUGACUUAUACAAAACGUCCCGGUGUUUUUGUAUUUUCCUAUUACAGACGAAUAUACAUAAUGUGGAGACCUCUUAUGAGGCCUGAUGUUUCAUCUGAUAUGCGCAUAGAUUACAUGGCUCUUGGUUUGUGGGCACGUUUACGUCACUUAUGGAAAACAAAACACAAAAUAAAGUCGAGUUUAUCCAUUUCAUUAUCAGUGGAUAAUAAUUUACUUUCUCUAUAUCCGCAUGUUAAUAUGUUAGUCAGUCGACUUUAAAUAUAAAGAUUUAUAUACUUUCAGAAUAUUUGUAUAACUACUUAUUUUACCUUCAGAUAUCUUCCGUUUUUAUUCAACCUCAUCAACUACUAUUCAUGAAUUAUAUUGGUGUUUUUUAUCUUAUUGGGUUAGUCACUUAGUAGUUUAUCUUGUUCACAUCAGUUCAUUUGUCAACGAGUUUGUUGUGUCCUCAUCAUGACACACCAUACUUAUUAGUAAUUUUAUGAUUACUUGUGGUUUAAUUUAUAUUCCGUGUUCCUACUGAAUACCGACGUUGGAACUUAAACUCAUCGUUAUAAAGUCUUGGGGAGUCUAAACUAAGUUGUUUAUUCCUUACGCACUGAGUUGUUUCCUCAAGCAUGAAAUUGACCGACUUAUAGGUGUCUUCUCAUACUCACAGUACUAUUUGUGAAUUUAUGAACGUUAGUUAUUUUUCAUCACUACCUUGUAAGCAUAGCAUUGAUCUCGCACACUGAUGUCAGGGUAUAUAAUUAUUUUCUGUAAAAAUAACUGGGUUUUUUGGAUUGAAUAGAGUAUAUGCCUCUGGGUAUAAUGAAUAUGUAAAAUUCCGCUUGAAGUUUACUAUGAACUUUAAUGGCUCAGUUUAUAUUUUAGCUUUCAUAGUUCACAUUCUCACAAGUCUGCGUUAAAUUCAUAAUUCGAAAUACAGUAGCUGAUAAGUCAAUUCCUACUUGUUUUAUAAAAUAUCACCAGCCUUCCAAUUCCAAAAUCGUUUUGUAACUCAAAGAGAUUUUUGCUACACGGGCGUCAAUUCUUUUUUGUGAGAUAAUUUCUUAUUUCAACUUCAUCACAGUUGAUACAAUGUGGUUUUAUUAAAUCACCAGUAUUUGUGCCGUUCUCUAGGUACAUAACACAAAUAAUCUAGUUCUACUGUUAGCUUCACCAGAAUAACAUAUUCGAAGUCUUUCAGAAUCAAAAGACCAUUUUGGUCGCUCGGAAUAUUUAUAUAUAAAUAUACGCAAAUUAGAGAUGGUCCUACAAUAAUUAAUCAUUAGCUUAAGUUAGAAUUCUCAUUCGGGAUGAUAGGCUCCACUUAAUUACCCAACUCAGCACAAAAACUUGCAGAAAUAAACAGUUCAGUAUGUCCGGACAGACAAAA